UUCUGCGUACUCCAGUGUCAGAAGACAUGUUGGGUCGUGUUUUUAAUGGUUCUGGUAAGCCUAUUGACCAGGGACCAACUGUAUUGGCUGAGGAUUUCUUGGAUAUCCAAGGUCAGCCCAUCAAUCCAUGGUCUCGAACUUAUCCAGAGGAAAUGAUUCAGACUGGUAUCUCGUCCAUUGAUGUCAUGAACUCAAUUGCUCGAGGUCAGAAGAUUCCCAUUUUCUCAGCUGCUGGUCUGCCUCACAAUGAAAUUGCAGCCCAGAUUUGUCGUCAGGCUGGUUUGGUCAACUUGCCAUCGAAAGGUGUACUUGAUGACCACAAGGAUAACUUUGCAAUUGUUUUUGCUGCUAUGGGUGUCAACAUGGAAACAGCACGCUUCUUCAAGCAGGACUUUGAAGAAAAUGGUUCCAUGGAGAAUGUGUGCUUGUUCCUGAACCUUGCCAAUGACCCAACCAUUGAGCGUAUCAUCACCCCUCGUCUGGCUCUGACGACUGCUGAGUAUUUGGCUUACCAGUGUGAGAAGCACGUUCUCAUUAUUCUUACUGACAUGUCAUCGUAUGCUGAAGCUUUACGUGAGGUAUCAGCUGCCAGAGAAGAGGUGCCAGGCAGAAGAGGUUUCCCAGGUUACAUGUACACUGAUUUGGCCACCAUCUAUGAACGAGCUGGGCGAGUGGAGGGACGUCAAGGGUCAAUCACUCAAAUUCCCAUCCUUACUAUGCCUAAUGAUGAUAUUACACAUCCAAUCCCUGAUCUGACGGGAUACAUCACAGAAGGCCAGAUCUACGUAGAUCGUCAGUUGCACAAUCGUCAGAUUUACCCACCAAUCAAUGUGCUUCCUUCGCUUUCUCGACUUAUGAAAUCUGCCAUUGGUGAAGGAAUGACCAGGAAAGAUCAUUCAGAUGUGUCUAAUCAGCUGUAUGCCUGUUAUGCCAUUGGCAAAGAUUUACAGGCCAUGAAGGCAGUUGUGGGAGAAGAAGCAUUGACCUCAGAUGAUCUCUUGUAUUUGGAGUUCCUUGCUAAGUUUGAAAAGACCUUCAUUUCGCAGGGGCCAUAUAUGAAGCGCACCAUUUUUGAGUCCUUGGAUAUUGGUUGGCAAUUGCUUCGUAUUUUCCCCAAGGAGAUGCUUAAACGUAUCCCCGCUGCCACCCUUGCUGAGUUUUACCCUCGUGAUCGUCCUCAGUAAAGGAUUGACAAACAGUGUCAGUCAUUGUUAAGUUGUCGCUCAUUACUGUUAUCAUUCACUGGUUGUAUAAUUGUCAUCAGGCUUGAGUUACAAAUAUGUGUAAACAUGACAAAUUUACAUUUUUGUGUCUAUUUAAGGGGGUACUUAAGUAUGGAAGUAUUGUGCAGAAAUUUACUUAUUAAGAGGUAUUCAAGAUUGAUACUGUAUUAGACUGUUAUAAAAUUGCAUUUUUUUUUUUUGUGAGAAUCUAGGAACUAAA